CUGUUCCGCCAUGUAACGUGAGGGCGCUCCUUCCAGUCCACUAAUGCUUUUUUUCACAGACGGCCUGACCCCCCCACCGACAAGCCACUUCCUCUUUUGUCUAAUUUCAUGGCGAUCGGGAGAGAGGGAACAGCACCGACGCACGCACACUGUUUCAGCACUCUUGAAAGAGUUUAUCCGGGUGUAAACACAUUUGUAAACCUGAUCGGCACUGCAAACAAAGUUCUCCAGGGGAAACUAAGCGGACAUCAGUAAAGGGGCUCCUUAGCACUUGGAUCUGUUCUUCCCUGUCCCAGGUUCAGACUGCUUGGUCUAUGGCUCUGAUGGACAAACACAAACAGGUCAAGCGGCAGAGACUUGACCGCAUCUGUGAGGGUAUUCGACCCCCCAUCCUAAAUGGGCCAAUGCACCCGCGGCCCUUGGUGGCCCUGUUGGACGGGCGUGACUGCACUGUGGAAAUGCCCAUCCUCAAAGAUGUGGCCACUGUGGCCUUCUGUGAUGCGCAGUCCACACAAGAGAUUCAUGAGAAGGUGCUAAAUGAGGCAGUGGCCGCUCUUCUCUACCACACCAUCACUCUGUCCAGAGAUGACCUGGAAAAAUUCAAAGGUCUCCGUGUUAUUGUCAGGAUUGGCUCCGGCUUCGACAAUGUUGACAUCAAAGCAGCUGCUGAGCUUGGCAUUGCUGUCUGUAAUGUGCCAGCAUCCUCUGUGGAGGAGACAGCCGACACUUCGCUAUGUCUAAUCCUCAACCUGUACAGGAGAGUCACCUGGAUGCACCAGGCGCUCAGGGAGGGAACCCGGGCCUCCAGCGUGGAGCAGAUCAGGGAGGUGGCAGGCGGGGCUGCACGUAUCAGGGGUGAGACGCUGGGCAUUAUUGGACUAGGGCGUGUCGGCCAAGCGGUGGCUCUCCGGGCCAAGGCUUUUGGCUUUGGUGUGAUCUUCUAUGACCCCUACCUGCCCGAUGGCGUGGAGCGCUCGCUGGGCCUUCAGCGAAUGGCCACCCUGCAGGACCUCCUUAUCCAUUCUGACUGUGUAUCCCUGCACUGCAGCCUCAACGAGCACAACCACCACCUCAUCAAUGACUUUACCAUCAAACAGAUGCGUCAGGGAGCUUUCCUGGUGAACACAUCAAGAGGCGGUCUGGUUGAUGAGAAAGCACUGGCUCAGGCCCUGAAAGAGGGCCGGAUACGAGGGGCUGCCCUGGACGUCCAUGAGGCAGAACCUUUCAGUUUUUCAACAGGCCCUCUGAAGGAUGCUCCAAACUUGAUCUGUACCCCUCACACAUCCUGGUAUAGUGAGCAGGCGUCUGUGGAGGCUCGCGAGGAGGCAGCCAGAGAGGUCCGCCGUGCCAUCACCGGGCGCAUCCCUGACAGUCUGAAGAACUGCGUGAAUAAGGAGUAUCUGAUGUCAGCCUCUCCGUGGCCCAGUAUGGAAGCCGCCACUGUUCACCCAGAGCUAAACGGAGCCACUUACAGAUUUCCUCCAGGUCUGAUCAAUGUUGCAGCAGCAGGGGGGCUCUCUGGAGCAGCCGGGGGGGUCGAGAGCCUUGUAACAGGCAACCUGUCACACGGCAUUGCCCCCGUCUCCCACCCCCCUCACGCACCCUCUCCGGUGCAAUCUGCUAAGGCUGAAGCCGACAGAGACAUCCCCUCCGACCAAUAGCCCCCUCCGCUGCCGCCAGCACAUUCCGUCACCAUUGGAAACCAACUCCCCCACCUCCCGGCAUCAGACAUCGCCCGACCCCUCAGUACAUCGGCAGGGCCAGUUUGACCCAAUGUGGAGCCACACAGUCGUGUUCUUCAGAUCGCAUAACCAGCCUAGGAGUGACUUAUCCACAACCAGCCCCCUCCCACCCACACCCCAGAGAACACACACAUCCCUCCAUCUUUGUCCUCAUCACACCCUCUCAACCCCUCCCUCCUUCACUCCCCCAUGACGUCAGCAAUAACUUUUCUCAAGGAUUCAAUGAUUGGAUUGGUUUAUAUCCUUAGUUGGUUGUUUUAAUGGAAAGUUGAUCUGUUGUGGUUCUAGGUAUAAAUGUUUGUUUGUUGAAAAAAUAGCAUUUCUGAGUUGAGGCUUCACAGUCUGCUGCCUCCUGCAGGCUGACAGGUUGAAGCCCCCCUUUGUACAUUAAUGGCUCAUGUUACUGCUCUCUUCUUCUUCCUCCUCUUUGCUUUUUCUCUCCCCCCCCCCCCCCCCCCCACCUCUCUUGUGAAGGGGUUAUCUGUGUACUAAAGUAAAACAGGCAGAACCACAAACAGUACAUCCUGUCCUCCUCACCGAGAAUCUAGUGACCCUGCUCAGUUUGGCCCUUUGGCUCUCCUUGUUACAGUCAUCAUCUUGCUCAGCAGAUGGAUCUGUGGUGCUGUCAGUGUGGAGCCCUCUCAGACUGUCAAAGUAUUUCUCUACAGAUCAUACGUCAGAUAGUGAUACCCAAGAUCCCUUUCAACUUUUUAAUCGCCGUGACCGGACAGUCAUCCCUGUAUUCACACAUGCUCUGCCUCUUAUUGUUUUGUCCUGAGAUAACAGCUCUGAGAGUCUUUAUAAGAGGGCUCAUAUUCAUGAAUCUCCAUCUCACGUCAGCAGCCCCGGAGUGCUGUCUGUGAAGUUGUUACACGUGGUGUCCAAAAGCUGCAACAUGCACGAUGUGUCUCCAGCAGAGGGUGCUGUCUUACUGUUAGAGUUAAACCCUCGUGCAUGCGGCUCCUUUAAGAUGGACAGUUACAAGUUGGCUUUCAGAAUACAUGACGGAUGGCCAGGGAUUGACUAGCGCCUUAUUAUUUGAUAAGACCUCACUGCACCCCACCUCCUUGCACCCAACCAACCACCCUUUACUCCUCAUCUCCCACCGUCAUGGACCAUCCCCACUCAUCAGCCCAUGAACAAGUUUUCAUCCAUCAAUUCCUUUAAGUGUGAGGGGACAGCAGAGUUUAGAUUCCCUGUAGAAGUAAGGGGACAGUGUUCUUGCAUGCUGGCUUUGUUGAUGACAGUGGUGUGUGUGUGCCUAUGUGUGUAUGGGUUUGUUGUGCGCACGUGUGUGUGUGUGUGUGUGUGUGUGUGUGUGUUUGUACGUUCCCUCACCCUGUUAAAACAAGCUAUUGUCUUUCCAAAGGAAUAGUCCCUCGGAGUAACUCUUUAACGCUGUUGCCCUGGUGUCAAGGGAACACCUUUCUAGUACCUCAGUAACAGAUAUUGAAUGUACCGUGCAUACCCUUUUAUUUUUUGUACAGAUUUUCUAGAUUCUUCUUUACUGUUCUUUACCAGAAGGGUUGUGAAAUUGUAGCAGUAAUGAUACAAUAUAAAAGAAAUACAUUGCCCCAUGAAAUAAAUUGACAAAAAUCUUUUAAGGUUCACUAUAGGUCACCGAAUACUCAGGCUUUAAAAAAAAAAAAAAACAUUGUGUUAAUUUUCUUCGCCUUUACUUUUACUUCCUCGUGGAAAUUUCAGCACAAGGCUUUCCCAUUCUUCGACUUACGACUAGUUGAUGUGUUAUAAUCUCCAUAUUGCUGGCUGAGGAAAGACAAAGAAAAAAACUAAAGGCGGUCCCGUGAUCUGCUAGUUUUCUUUUACUAGAUUAUCAGUAGUAGUAGAUGCUGUUUUGUUUUGUUUGAACCCCCCUCUCCAUUGUCUGGCUGCUCUAACUAUAGUGCAUGUGAGGUAAUUUUUUUUUUUUAGGGGAAAAACUAUUGGCUUAAAGAAUUUGUGUCAUCUUGCUGUUUCCCUCCGCUCCCUGGCCUUUUCCCCCCUCCUCUCAGAGUGUUUUCAACCCGAGUUGCCAUUUCUUUGUCGUGGUCAGUUUCCAGUGAUGUACAGUUUUCCCGUCAGAGUCUAUGAGAGACAUGGAGCAUGUCUGUGUCCUGAGAUGCUAGAUUCCUCUGUCAUGUGAUGAGUAUAUAUUUUUAAAAAUAACCCCCAUAGUUCCGAUUACUAGCUAUUAGUAAUCUUAAAUUUUUUGCUGUUAACAAUGAUGAUUAUAUAUAUUUUUCAGUUCAGCAGUGCACUGUUAUGAAAACCAUUCUGUUUUAUUGUAGGAUUUCAUUUUGUGGAUAUGCUGUCUGUGUUCUACAUGUUGUACUGAAACAUUUCAGAGAAAACAAGAGGUCCCUCUCCUGGUGAAUUUUUUUUUGUUUUAAUUUUCGUCUUAACCCGACUGUCCUUUUCCAGCUGAUAUCACUGGGCCUUACUUCUUCUCCCCCUGUUUAAGUAGCUGUAAUAGAAAGCCGCCAUGGAACCACUCACUGCCUUAAUACAGUUGACCACAGCAGGUGAAGUCAGGAGACACACCCAGUCGAAAAGCUCCUCACACCCUGACCGGCAUAACUCUGCACCACUCUGCUGUUUCCUUUGCUCUGAUGAACCACAUUCAGCCUUGUGUAGACAGUUUCUUCAUGGCUCAAACAUGUACAUCCAGUGUGAAUUGUAACUUUGCAUUAACUACAAAUGAUGCUUGUCUAGUUUUUGAACGUUUUAAAUCUGCUCAUCAGUGUGUAUGUGCGUAUGCUAACAGAAAAGCACAGUGUGUAUGCUCACAAAGCUAUAGCUCAUAUUUCACUCACGGGUGUGAGAAUGCCCCCAACCCAUCUAAGCACCACUGACACCCUGGGGCUCUAAAAGCAUCUAUUCCAGAGCUACCAGAGCCCCCGGGGGAGGAGAUGGAGGGUGGGGGGCAUAGCGGUCACUGGUGUGGUCUGUCAAAAAAAAAAAAAAAAAAAGAAGAUAAUUAAGAAUUGGUCACUUUUCUCUCUCUCUCUCAGGGUACAAAUGCACACAUAUCCUCCAGCAGUCGCCCUCUGUCUUGUGUCCGUCGUCCCAAGUUUUUUCCGCCCUCAAAAUGCAGAACAGCCUCCUGCGUUUUUAGAAAUUGCCCCCUCCCCCUCCCUUAUUGUGCACAGGUCUGAACUUUUUGUUUCCUGUUUUGCUUUCGUUUGGCACUGACAUCUAACCAUCUAACAAGGAAUGAAUGAAUGUUUGAAAGUGACUGUGUGUAAUGUUAAAAUUGGGAAAUGUAUUUUUACAACAUGUGAACAUGUUUUUUUUCCACUCACUCUCAUUGUGAAUUGAUUUUUUUUUCUUUCACCAGACUGCAAAAACAAACAAAAAACAACAAAAAAAAUCUCCUGUAACUAUAGGCUCUUAAGCUUUAUUUUGUUUUGUUUACUUUUUUAUUAGAAACAAUCAUGUUUGUGAUGGUAACUUCCGAUGGUAAACUCCACACCGUAUUUUAAUAAAAUCUUUAAAAUUAAUAA